AAAUCUACAUAGCGCGAAUUUUCAAGAAUUUCUUUCUUUUUUUUACUUGUUUUUGGCAGACUGCCCUGUACCAAUUUUUCUCCUUUUUUUUAUGACUUUCAUAUAUCCAUAAACAACACUUUGUGCGAUUUAAUGGAGAAAUCAAUUUCGUCAAUAAAUCAACAACGCGAAAUUAAAAUCAACGAACGAGAUUGGCCUUUUAAGCUUGUAAAAUCGCAUCUCGAAUUAAGACAUUUAGAAACAGAAAAUGUUUGGGUUGCUCGUCUAAAGCCGAAUUUUGCCUCUAAAACAACGGAAUAUGUCAAGAAAAUAAGGUCGAAACAGAAGGAAGCUCUAUUACAUUGUGCUAGACUUCGAAGAAUACAAAAGGAAAAUGAGCCUUUGGAAUUGGAAAUCAUACUGUGCCCUGUAUCGGCGAUGACACAAAGCCAGAUAGAAAAAGAUUUAGAAGAAUUAGAAAUUGAAGCGAAUGUUUAUAUCCUUCCUGUCCCCUCCCACGCACCUUUAACGGAGGAACAAUACAAGGAAUGGAAUCCGGUAUGGCCCGUUUUUUAUAGAAGACAUACUGAGCGACAAGACACUUUUACAAACAAAGACUUGGAAACAAUUGAUGGUGUCAUGAACAAUUUAAUAAAGGCAGCAUUUGAGUCACAAAAUGAAGGACAGAUUGGCUGUGUUGCAGCGGUUUACGAUCACACUUCACGCACUGUUCUUUCAGUUUCUGUCGAUGAACGAAAUACAUCAAGGAAUCCGGUCGACCAUUGUGCCAUGAGGGCAAUUAACCUGGUAGCGAAAGGUGAGCGGGAACGCCGGAAACUUCCACAUGAGUCGUCUGAAGAACGAUACUUAUGUCGUGGUUUAACGGUUCUAAUGACUCAUGAACCUUGCGUUAUGUGUAGUAUGGCUUUAUUACAUUCUCGUAUACUUCGUUUAAUCUAUUGUCAGCAACAACCAUUAACCGGGGGAAUUGAGUCCUCAUACGGAAUCCAUUGGAGAGCUGAACUAAAUCAUCGGUAUUUGGCCUACUCUGGAUGGGAAAAAGAAGUUCCAACAUUAGAAGGGAAUGUACACGUAUAAUGGGUGCUAGAGUGAGGCAUGCUUUGUCUUUUGAAAAUAAUUACGCAAAUAAAAAGAAAAAUAAUUGAACAUCUAUAUUACAAGAAAAAAUUAUAGACAACUGUAAUGCUAUUAACCAUAACCAAACCGAAUCCCUUCUUUUAAUAUAUGCCCGAAGUUUUUGCUUAUGCCUCAUCUUUGGUACUCUCUGAAGUUAAGCUUUGCAUCUUUUCCGCAAAUUCUAACAAGUUUUCUCCUUGACUGGCAGCAACCAGGUCAAAUGGAACACGAUUGGUAUAAAAGUUGGCACCUCCAGAAGAAGGCAUGGCGCCUUUAGGUAUUAAUCUAACUUCUGGGCUAUUUUCUUUAUGAUCCAUCGUAAAUAUUUCUUCCCAUGAAAAGAGCAAACCAUCUGUUCUAGCAAAAAAUGGAUUAAUGUCAAUCAGCCAAGCACGAUUUUUCUGGACAUAAGCGUCAAAAACAACUAAAACAUAGGUUAAAAAAUUAAUCGUUCAAAUAAAAUUAAACAUACAAUUAGCGUCUGGAAACUCUGAGAGCUUAAAUGUUAAAUCCUGUAAGAUUGGCAAAAUCUUCUUCAUCUCGUGUUCUAAAAAAUCAUAAUAAU